UAGCGCUUGAAAUUAAACGGUCGGACUUGCCGAACAGGAUUCACCCGCUUAGACGAGUCCAUUUUCUGAGAGCCUUUCGCUCCUCGCUCAACGACCGUUCGCUCACUUGCGGCAAAGUUUGUGUUGCGGCUUCUCCUGCUGGUCCUUUAGUGCUCAAAAGCAAUCUAACUAACAAACAUGUGCGACGAAGAAGUUGCUGCCCUCGUUGUCGACAAUGGCUCCGGCAUGUGCAAGGCCGGUUUCGCCGGUGACGACGCUCCCCGCGCCGUAUUCCCAUCCAUCGUGGGCCGCCCCAGGCAUCAGGGUGUGAUGGUCGGCAUGGGCCAGAAGGACUCCUAUGUCGGUGAUGAGGCCCAGUCCAAGCGUGGUAUCCUCACCCUGAAAUACCCCAUUGAGCACGGCAUUGUCACCAACUGGGAUGAUAUGGAGAAGAUCUGGCACCACACCUUCUAUAACGAGCUGCGUGUCGCCCCUGAGGAGCACCCCGUUCUGCUCACUGAGGCUCCCCUCAACCCUAAGGCCAACCGUGAAAAGAUGACCCAGAUCAUGUUUGAGACCUUCAACACCCCCGCCAUGUACGUCGCCAUCCAGGCUGUGCUGUCCCUGUACGCCUCUGGCCGUACCACUGGUAUUGUGCUGGAUUCUGGUGAUGGUGUGUCCCACACAGUGCCCAUCUAUGAAGGCUAUGCCCUCCCCCACGCCAUCCUGCGUCUCGACUUGGCUGGCCGUGACUUGACUGAUUAUCUUAUGAAGAUCUUGACUGAGCGUGGCUACAGCUUCACCACCACCGCCGAGCGUGAAAUCGUGCGCGACAUCAAGGAAAAGCUUUGCUAUGUCGCCCUUGACUUCGAGCAGGAGAUGGCUACCGCCGCCUCCUCCUCCUCCCUGGAGAAGUCCUACGAGCUUCCCGACGGACAGGUCAUCACCAUCGGAAACGAGCGUUUCCGUUGCCCUGAGGCCCUCUUCCAGCCCUCAUUCCUGGGUAUGGAAGCCUGCGGCAUCCACGAGACCACCUAUAACUCCAUCAUGAAGUGCGACGUGGACAUCCGUAAGGACCUGUACGCCAACACUGUCCUGUCCGGCGGCACCACCAUGUACCCUGGCAUCGCCGACAGAAUGCAGAAGGAAAUCACUGCCCUGGCCCCUAGCACAAUGAAGAUCAAGAUCAUCGCUCCCCCUGAGAGGAAGUACUCCGUCUGGAUCGGAGGUUCCAUCCUUGCCUCCCUGUCCACCUUCCAGCAGAUGUGGAUCUCCAAGCAGGAAUACGACGAGUCCGGCCCAUCCAUCGUGCACAGGAAAUGCUUCUAAGCUUUUUCCUCUAUAUUUUCUCCUACAUUUACUCUUAUGUUCGAGUCAGCAGAACCCCCUUCAAUCCAUCUUGUUUUUUUUUAUCAAUAUCUGCAGAAUCUCCUUCCCACUUCGGAACAUUCCUUGUUUGCCUUUUGUAAGUGUGUUUGUUGCCUCCAUCAAGUUUGUCUGCGUAGUUGAAAACGCGCAAAUUUCUUGGACGCAACCAACGAGAAAGAGACUGUUACCGUAACUAUGGGGGUUCUUAAAAUUGAAAUAAAAUUUGCAAAAGACAAGUGCUUGUCCAUUCCAAGCUCAAUCUAAAUCCAUUGUAAAAUAUGAAUAUUUAACCAAGCAAGUGCACCGGCUGUAGGGUUCAUACAAUCAGAACCACCACCAAAGUGAUCGCCCUAGUAGCCCAGUAUUAUUUCCAAAAAGGUCCCGCUCAGGGCAAUCUUGAAUGCAUUUUUUGUUAGUAGGUGUGUAUGUUUGGUCGUUUGGCUGCUUGGGCGGUCAAAACUUCAUGACAUUUGUCAACUACUCGUAAUUAAUAAAUUAUUAUCCAAGCUUCUCAAGAUCAAAGCUUCAAUAAAUAUGUAUAAAAUUCUUAAAUAA